UUUCGCUAACUGCUCGGUCUUGCCACAUCCUGUUCACAUCUCGCCGGAGUCUACUUUCAAUCUUAGACAGUAGAGCACGUCUGUAUCCGACAUGGCCAAGUCCAGAGUGUUUUUUGACAUCACCAUCGAUGGCAAAAAAGCAGGAAGGGUUGUGAUGGAGCUGAGAGAUGAUGUGGUCCCUAAGACUGCUGAGAACUUUCGAGCUCUGUGCACUGGAGAGAAGGGUUACACCUACAAAGGUUCUGGCUUCCACCGAGUCAUCCCAAAGUUCAUGUGCCAGGGUGGCGACUUCACAAAUCACAACGGAACUGGUGGACUGUCCAUCUACGGCAAAAAGUUUCCAGAUGAGAACUUCAUUCUGAAGCACACGGGACCCGGCAUUCUGUCUAUGGCCAACGCAGGACCCAACUCCAACGGCUCACAGUUCUUCAUCUGCACUGAGAAAACCAGUUGGCUGGACGGCAAGCACGUUGUGUUCGGUUCUGUCAUCGAAGGCAUGGACGUCGUCAGGGCUGUCGAAGCAAAAGGAAGCAGCAACGGCAAGUGCACUGCCAAGAUCGUCAUUGCUGACUGCGGCCAACUUUAAAUACUGUUUCCACUCAACACCUAGCUUCAGUCUUGUGCAUUCCUUUCCCUUCCUUUAAUUUCCUUACUCCUAUUCUUAUUGAAACAGUUGUUACACAAAACAUGGCUAUCACAGAUGCAUCAUAAAUAGAACAUUUGUUUAACAAAAUAUUAAAGGUGGAACAAGAA